UGAAAGCGGAGGUCUAUGUGUGCCUGGAGUACAGGGAUCUGUCGUUAACGUUUCUGGGAAACGGUGGAUUUGGGCUUGAAAAAUGGACACGUUAAACAAACUGAAGCAGUUUGACGCUUAUCCCAAAACUCUGGAGGAUUUCCGUGUGAAGACAUGGGGAGGAGCAACCGUGACCAUCAUCAGCGGUGUCAUCAUGUUAAUCCUGUUUGUCUCCGAGCUGCAGUACUAUCUCACUAAAGAGGUCCACCCUGAGCUGUACGUUGACACGUCACGAGGAGACAAACUUAAAAUUAACAUUGAUGUCAUUUUCCCUCACAUGCCCUGCGCCUAUCUUAGUAUAGAUGCCAUGGAUGUGGCUGGUGAGCAGCAGCUGGAUGUUGAGCACAAUCUGUUCAAACGGCGACUGGAUAAAGAUCUCAAACCGGUCACCCCCGAGGCAGAAAAACACGAACUUGGUAAGGCUGAUGAUGGCAAGGUAUUUGACCCCACCACACUGGACCCAAAUAGAUGUGAGAGCUGCUACGGAGCUGAGACUGAAGACCUGAAAUGCUGUAAUACUUGUGACGACGUGCGGGAAGCCUACCGGCGACGAGGCUGGGCCUUCAAAAGUGCCGACACCAUCGAGCAGUGCAAGAGGGAGGGUUUCACUCAGAAGAUGCAGGAGCAGAAGAACGAAGGUUGUCAGGUUUAUGGUUUCCUGGAGGUCAACAAGGUGGCAGGGAAUUUCCACUUUGCUCCAGGAAAAAGCUUCCAGCAGUCUCAUGUUCAUGUGCACACUGUGGAAAUACACGACCUGCAGAGUUUUGGCUUGGACAAUAUAAACAUGACCCACCUGAUAAAGCACCUGUCUUUUGGUAAAGAUUACCCUGGCAUUGUUAAUCCUCUCGAUGGAACGGACGUCACGGCACCACAAGCAUCAAUGAUGUACCAGUAUUUUGUGAAAAUCGUCCCUACUGUAUACGUGAAAACUGAUGGAGAGGUGGUAAAAACAAACCAGUUUUCGGUCACCAGGCAUGAAAAAGUUGCAAAUGGAUUAAUAGGCGACCAGGGGCUGCCGGGUGUCUUUGUAUUAUAUGAGCUCUCGCCAAUGAUGGUUAAAUUCACAGAAAAACAUAGAUCAUUCACACACUUUUUAACAGGGGUUUGUGCCAUUAUUGGAGGUGUAUUCACAGUGGCUGGCUUGAUCGACUCACUCAUCUACCACUCUGCACGUGUCAUCCAGAAGAAGAUAGAGCUUGGCAAGGCGUCGUAACAGUGCCCCCCGAUGGCCUCCAUGGUGCAACGCAGAUCAAGACACUGACAGAUGGACAGAUGUACAGGAAGAGGGGAAGUUCUCCAUCUUUCCGUCUGAUGUUAGACUGAGAGAGAAAGCCAGAGGGAGACAGAUGUUUCUAAUCAGCCAGGUUUUAAAUUCCUCGGACCUCUUCUCGUGCUUGUACAGCUCUGAAGAGGAACUGGUGAAGAUUUUUUGAAAUUUCAUCUUUGAUGUUAAAUUUGAAGCCAAACAGGAGGACAGAGGCAGAAUCAGAUUUCUAACUCGUAAGCAGAGCGGAGGACGCCAUGUCGAUUUAAGGCACUGACUCCAGGAGGUUUGACUGGAUAAAGAGACGUUAAUUUCGUUCAUCCAGCGUUGGUGUUGGUCAGUAAUCACAUCACAUCACUACACUGAAUGUUUGUUGGAAGAUCUGUGGUUCAGACGAGUGAGGAACAGUGGACAUAAGGACUUGUAAGAUUUUGGUUUCCCAUCAGUUUCUCACCUCAUUUAACCCGGACGUUCAUUUUGUUUACGAAGUACCACUCUGAUGGAGAGACCGUGUCCCAGCUUAGUAUACUGACAUUACCUACCAACAGCUUUCUUUGGUUGGAGAUUUUAAGGAUUAAUCUGGUACAAUAUUAUACUUCUGUUUGGCAACAAAUCAAAUGAAAAGACCAAACCAGCCGACUAGGAGUUCAUUCUCCACUUUCAAUAGUUUUCACGUUCUUAUUCCUCUGUGCCAUAAAGCUUCACCAUUAUAAUCUGCCUCACAAGACAUGCACGCUGCCUUCUGUCUGUGUGACGGUUAGCAAAAACCUCUGCUACCGCAGACUAACACUGGUUGGUUUGUGUCUUUUUUAAUGAGAUUUUUUGACGACAGAAACAAUUAUGGCUAUCGU